CCAUUCAGUCUUUCAUUCAUUUCGUUCGUUCAUUAAAUUCAUUCAUUCAUAGUCAUAGACUCAUAGUGUGUGUGUGUUGCAGAAAAGAACGCCGAUUUAUAAUGGCUGAGAAGAAGAAGGAUGGCGAGCCAGAGGGAGAGGAAGAAUUCUCUGUAGAAAAAGUUCUAGACAGAAGAGUGAGAAAUGGAAAGGUAGAGUACUUCCUCAAAUGGAAGGGAUAUGACGAUGGAGACAACACAUGGGAGCCCGAAGAAAACUUGGACUGUCCUGAUCUCAUAUCUGCAUUUGAAGAUGCAAGAAAGAAAAAGGAAGCUGAAGGUAAGGGUAAAGUUGACAACAAGGACCCCAAGAAGCGGAAGUCUUCUGCUGCGACGCCAGACUUGAAAGGAGCCAAGAAGAGUAAAUCAGAUGACAAGAAAGCGUCAGGUUUUGACCGCGGCCUAGAACCGGAAAAGAUUAUUGGUGCGACGGACAGCAGCGGCGAGCUGAUGUUCCUGAUGAAGUGGCAGGGCACGGACGAGGCGGACCUGGUGCCGGCCAAGCAGGCCAACGUGCGCUGCCCACAGGUGGUCAUCCAGUUCUACGAGGAGCGGCUCACGUGGCACACGCCAGCCCCCGACGACGCCAAUAAUGAAGACUAAGCGGCAGAUAUAUCGGCUGAUUUCAUGAUGAAUUUAAGAAAGUGUACUUUAGUUUAUGUUAAUCGGACAUACUUUUUUUCUUGGAAUACCUGCGUGUAAGCGAAUGUUGCCGGAUUCGGGAGUGACCAUAUUGUUGGAUGUUUUAUCAGUCUAACCCCGGCUGCCUUUUGCACUCUUGGCAAUGAUCGGAAUAGAUGUUUGCAUAUUUGGUUUUUGCACAGGGUUUGUAAGGACAGUCAGGAAAACUGGUGUGGAGAAUAGUAAUUCUAAACGUGCUUUAAAAAAUAAGCAGAAGAUCUUUCUUAUAAAAAUUCUUAGAAAUAUGAUGUAUUAUUGAGAUAUGUAUAUCAAAAUUUUCAUGUGUUAAAACUUUUUUGAUCUUGAGUUUUGUCUUUUGACUUCCUAUUCUCCAUUCAUAGUUGGUGAUUACUUGAUUGAUGUAAUAAAUUGACACUUAUUUCAUAACGUAAUGAACGUUGGAUAUACUUGCUGCUACAGUUACACAUUGAUUGUAUAAACAGUGUUACGUUAACAUACGGUACUUUAGGAUAACGAGGAAUAAUUUAGUGUUUAAGCUGGGCAAUAAAUAUAUUGUCAAAAA